AUGGGUAUCUGGGACACUAUUGCCGACCUCGUCGAGGCGGCCAAGCCAUGGACCACCGCCGAAGCCGAAGCUCCAGCUGAGGAACCCCAAGAGGAGGAGCAGGCCGAGGAGGAGGAGGAAGAAGAAGAGGAUGACGACGAGCCCAAGGACCCGAAGGAACAGCUCGAAGAAGAUUGCAAGAAUUCCAAGCAGUGCGCACCAGCUAAGCACCACUUUGACGAAUGCGUCGAGCGUGUAACAAAUGCCUCGGAUGACGGAGAGGCCGGUGAGGACUGUGUCGAAGAAUUCUUCCACCUCGCGCACUGCGCUAGCCAAUGCGCAGCUCCCAAGCUCUGCCUUAAGCAAGCCACCAAGAAGCGCCGCAGGACGGAAAACGCAAGGAAGGAGCCUGGAAGAAGCGCGCACAAUGUCUCGCGCAGUAGCAGUCGCAAACCAUCUUCGGAAGCGGCUGUCGUUACAGUUACAACGCCAGCUAUAUUCGACGACGAAGCCGUUAAGAAGGCCCGCGACGAGUACACCCUCAACCCUAUCGGUACCGAUUCAUCUAGCAAGUCAUCCCGUACUAAGGGCGGUCAUCUACGGCUCGCUUCGAACUCGACGGACGACGACGACGACGAAGCUACCGCGGCGCGCAUCGCUGCGGGACUGCCGCGCGACACGGAUAACGCUUCGAUCGAGAAUGGCGAUAGCGUCACGUAUAAGGUGUAUAAGCGACGGUGGUUUGGCCUCUUGCAGCUAACACUGCUCAAUAUCAUCGUCAGUUGGGACUGGCUGACUUUCUCCCCGGUCUCACAAAAUGCCGCUACUUACUACAGCACGACCGAGUCGGCCAUCAACUGGUACUCGACGGGCUUUCUGUUCGCCUUCGUCGUCAUCUUUCCGGUCACCAUCUACACCCUUCACUGGGGUCCGAAGCCGUCUAUCAUUGCCGCGGCGGUGCUGAUCCUCGUCGGUAACUGGAUCCGCUACGCCGGCUCUUACUCCCGCGAUGGGGGUAAUUACGGGGUUGUCAUGUUCGGCCAGAUCUUGACCGGAUUGGCCCAGCCGUUCGUGCUAAGUGCCCCCACGCGGUACUCCGAUAUGUGGUUCACGGAUAGAGGCCGUGUUGCCGCUACCGCUUUGGCCAGUCUGGCGAAUCCCUUCGGCGCCGCACUCGGACAACUUAUUGUGCCGUUCAUGGUUACGGGACCGGCUGAUAUCUCUAACGCCGUGCUCUACGUCGCUAUCAUCUCCUCCGUAGCUGCUCUCCCAUCCUUCUUCAUCCCAGCAGAGCCUCCCACUCCCCCCGGCUCAUGGUGCUCCACACCUAAAGCCUCCUUUCGCUCCUCGCUGCAACUCCUGAAAUCUGUCGAGAUCUGGCAGGUCCUGAUCCCGUACUCUAUCUACGUCGGUUUCUUCAACAGCAUCUCUACGCUGCUCAAUCAGAUCAUGAUGCCCUACGGCUUCUCAUCGGACGAAGCCGGUAUCGCCGGCGCCCUGCUCAUCGUCGUCGGACUAGUUGCCGCCGCCAUCUCCAGCCCUAUCCUCGACCGCACAAAGGCCUUCCUACUCGCCAUCAAGGUCGCCGUCCCGCUUAUCGCACUGUCUUACCUUGCUUUCAUAUGGAUGCCAGGCACCCGCGACUUAGCCGGCCCAUACGUCGUGCUCUCCAUCCUCGGCGCCUCGAGUUUCUCCCUACUGCCCGUCGCCCUCGAGUUCCUUUGCGAGCUGGGCCACCCGAUGAGUCCCGAGAUCACGUCUACGAUCGCCUGGGCUGGCGGCCAGUUGUAG